CAGUGUUUGAAGGCGAUGAUAUUCAUGACACGCUUCCCUAAAGACAUCUGUAAGUGCCACGAGACGCGCCCUGGACAGACGCAUGGAGUAAAGAUCACUGAACUUUUCAACAGAGAAGAUAACCAGAUGGAGAGCGAUGGAAGCUCCAGCACGCCACCUCCACCGGAUGUGCACGUAUCUCCUGCAGAUGAGUGUGUCGGCUCUGACAAGACCCAACAACAGAGUUUGGGUCGAUCAGAUGGGGCUCAGGAUAAGAAUGACACCCAGAUCCAUGCUGCUCUUCCUGAUGGGACCUCUGCCACCCUCAGAGGGACACCCACUUCUUCCAGCACUAAACUAUGUGGCUACCUCAACAAGCAGGGUGGACCCCUCAAAGCCUGGAAGUCCCGCUGGUUUGUCUACGAGGAGAAGAGCUGUCAGCUGUUUUACUACCGUAUGGCACAGGACAUCAAUCCUCUGGGUAAGGUGGAUCUGUCUCGUGCCACGUUCAGUUACCCUCUGCAGGGAGAGGAAGGAACCUUUCACAUACAGACACCAGAGCGCACUGCCAUUCUCAAGGCAGCUAACAGGGAUGCCCAGAUGUACUGGUUGCAGCAGCUGCAGUUGAAACGUACAUUAUACAGGGAGCAGCAUGCUGAACAUAAGUCCAUAUCCAAACCACACAGCCACAAAUUGGAAAGCACCCCAUCAGCAAACAACUGCCGUGCUGACUUCUUGCCCAUAGUGAAGACACCUUCUGGCCUGGUGGGUGAAGAAGCUGCCAGUCUGCCUGCACCUGGAUUAAACAGCCCGCUCAACAUGUCAAUCAAACAUCCACUAAUUGGGCUGCAGAACACAGUGCACAGUUUCCGUAACCGGCACUCACAGGAAAUUAGACAAAGUGUUUUCCAUAUUGAUGACUCAACUGACAAACAAAAAACACCCUCAUCUAAGACAUCCACUUUAGCGGUUCCCACAUCCAGUUCAUCUCAAAGCCCAGAAUCCCCUGCUAAUGCCAGGUCUGAGCAAGAUCUCUCCACCAUUUCACCAAUCAGAAAGAGUAGCAAAGAAAAGUCCACAUCACUGGAGCUCAAGGACACAUCUCGACUUCAACAUGAAAAACUUUACCUGGCAGAAGAGGUCAAAGCGCAGAAGGAGUUGGUGUUGCUGUUACAUAAGGUGCUAGAAGCUGCUCAGCUGGAGAAGCGCACCUGUGCUCAGUUUCUAGCCGCUGAGGGAGAGCAGGAGCGCUUGGAGCUCCUUAGACACGGCGAGAGGCGUGCGGCCGAACUGCAAGACCAUCUGGAGUCCCUGCAGCAAGAGAACGAGAACCUACGGAGGGAUCUGAACCAGAGGGACGCCCAUAUCGCCGAACUCCAGGAGAGCGUCCAGCUCCUGAUGCACAAGAAUCAGGCCAAACAGGAAGUGAUAGUGAAGCUGUCUGAGAAGUUAGCAGUCUGUGGGGAAGACCAGCAGUGCACCAAUGGGCUGCAAUCAGAGGCCUUAAAACAGCUAACAAUCGAGAAUGAGAAUUUGAAAGAUGAUUUGAAGGCAUAUAAAACUCAGAACCAGUACCUAAACUCUGAGAUCUAUCAUCUGACGACACUUUGGAGAAAAAGUUGCGAACAGGAGCAAAGUCUGAUAGUAAAGUGUGCUGUUCUGGAGGCCAACAGCUGUAAGAUGGAAAGCAGAUACCUGGGAAUCCUCCAAAAGCUCCAGGAGAGUAAGGAAUUGAAUCCAGAGCAGAGAGAAGCGGUCAAGAAGGUGGUUAAGGAUGCAGUUCGGGCAGACCUGAGCACUGCCGUCAAACUAAACUUAAUCAGGGAUUACGAUGAAUAUGGAUUUACGAUUGCAAUGGACUACAAAAUUGAGGACCUGAAGCUCUUGUUGGCUCGUUGCGCUCAGCUCCUGUUUGGACGCCCUGAAGGAGAACUGUCUUCAUCCACAGAACUGAAGAAUCUCCUCCGGACGGGCUUACCACGCGAGUACCGUGCGAGGGUUUGGCGCUUUAUUAUACAGACUAGGACCAAGUCUCUAAAAGAGCGUCAACCCGACCGCUAUCAGGAACUGUGCGAGAAGAGCAGAACCUCGCCUCACCUGGUGCCCAGACAGAUCCAGCUGGACCUGGAUCGUACGCUGACCUCCAAUCAAUACUUUUCCCCUCCUUCAAGCCCCUUGAUUCAGAAGCUGGAGAGAGUUCUGCAGGCGUUCUCUUGGCAAAACCCUACCAUCGGCUACGUACAGGGACUCAACAGACUGGCAGCCAUUGCUCUGCUGGUACUACAGGAUGAGGAAGAUGCCUUCUGGUGCUUGGCAGUGAUUGUGGACUACAUCAUGCCUCCCCAUUACUACACUAAAGACCUGGUGGGCUGUCAGGCUGACCAGCGUGUGCUAAAGGACCUCAUGUCUGAGAAGCUGCCUCGACUCACGGCUCAUCUGGAAGCGCUAAAAGUAGACGUGUCACUCAUCACUGUUGAAUGGUUUCUGGUGUUGUUCGUUGAGAGUCUGCCUACACGCAUACUGUUUAAAGUAUGGGACGCCUUCCUGUAUGAGGGCAUCAAGGUGAUAUUUCGCUAUGCAUUGGCUCUUUUCAAAUACAAAGAGGAAAUCAUCUUAAAGAUCGAUGACAGUGUUGAGAUGUACCAGUAUCUCCGCAUCUUCCCCUACACCAUUGCAGAUGGAAGGAAGCUGACAAGCAUUGCCUUCAACGAUAUGAACCCACUGCCCAUGAAGCUGCUACAGAACCGUCGCGCCGCACAUCUGGAACGCCUCCAUGCUGAGAUUAAAGAGCUGGAGAACUUACGGAAAGCAUACAAAGCUGAACAAGUCCAGUGCAAAGACAAAGAGCUGGACACCCUGGCUAGUGAGGAUGAAGAGGAGGUAUAAGACAUCAAACAUAAGCUCUUGAUGCAUGUGCUGAAGCCUUGAAUGCUGAGUGAGAAACACUAAAGAAAAAGAACUCCUCGACAUUUAUUCACCCUCAUGUUGUUCCAAACCCACAAGUAUAAGUUCUUUUCCAUUUAAUGAAAGUGAAUGGAGAUGGCACAAUAAAUUAAUCUAUUUAACCAUAUUCCAAGUCUUCCAAAGCUAUAUAAUGAGUGGAUAUAUGACGAGGAAAAGACCAAACACAAAUAUCAUUUGCAAAAAAAAAAAAAAUCUGUCCAUCAGCAACUUUUUAGUGCUUUUAUCAGAAUGAUAUGAAGGUGAGGAAAUGAUAGCAAAGACACAGCAUAAAUGGUUUGACCAAAAUGGUCAUUUUAUCAGCAAGAAAGCAGCACUGAUCUUAGUAUUGGGCAUGUUGAGGCCCUAUUUAUUUGGACUGAUAUGCAUAAGCACUACUGUUCAAAAGUUUGGGGUCAGUAAUAUGUAUAAUUAUAAAUUAAUUAAUAAUUCAAUU